AUGGUAGCGUAAAUAGAGCAUAUAUAUAUAUAUAUAUAUAUAUGAUAAGUAUAAUAUAUGUUUAUCAUUACUCAGUUUUAUUAAAUAACAUUUUUAAGACUGAAUACUUCUUAACUGUUAAUACAGGUAUCUAAUUUGUGUACAUAUAUAAGAACUAUAAUAUAUGCACUAAUUAUACAUUGUUAAAAGUAAAACUUAAUACGUAUUGACGCGUAUCUUCUAUUUAGGUUAUAUAUGACUAUUCAUAAAUACAGUCAGUCAUACGUACGUACGUAAAUACGAAAAAGAUAGGUGUAUAGUUUAUAAUUAUUCAAUUCUUUAAUGCAAAAUGUAUUAAAACAUACAUAUUUUUUUAAAUUUUAAUAUAAAUUUUAUGUGAUAAUGACCAGUUAUCAUAAAAAAUUUUAAGCGUGUCUUUCAGAAGCUAUUAGAAGAUAUAAAUAUUUCUUAUACUAAUGACAAUUUUUAGUAUUUAUGAACGAUAUAAAAUUUCAUAUGUGCGUUCAGAAGUUCUGUUUGCUAUUUUACAUUAAAUUUUUGUAAAAUUCCUUUGUUUAAAAGUAAGUACUAUGUACUGAUUGGUUUUUUUAAACCACUAUUGCUCGGUAAUAUUAAAAAUUGUUAAUGUUUUAGGUUAAAUUGUUUACAAAUGGCAGAUAAGGCUAUUAUGAAGGUAAAUUUAUGUAAAUUUUAAAUUUUAAUUUGAUUUUAAGUACUUAGUACUUUUAUGUACUUUUAUACCAUAGUUGCUUUGAAUAAUAAUUAUUUUAAUAAUAAUUAAUAUAUAGCAAAUAGCAGAACAAAAGCUCAAAGCAUUUUCUAUUGGCACGAUGGGUAAAAGACCAUUGAGUAAGAAAGAAUUAGAAGAACAACGUAAAAAAGAACAAGAACAAGCUGCAGCACAGAAGAAGAUACAAGAGAAAAAGGAAAACUUUAUAAACCACAAUCAAAGAUAUCAGAGCUUGUAGAUAGUAGAUCAUCAGCUGAACAAGCACAAGAAUAUGCGAAAUUAUUAGGAUCAAAUGAAAGAAAAUUAGAUAGAUUAGGAAAAAAGAAAAAAGAAGGUGAAAAGAAGAAAAGUAAUCUUGAAUUAUUUAAAGAAGAAUUAAAAAUGAUACAAGAGGAGCGAGAAGAAAGACAUAAAUAUAAAGGUGUAGUGAAAAAUGUUAUUUCUACCCAAUCAGAAGAUCCAAUGUUAGCAGCACUAAAAUGUGUUGAAGAUUACAGAACAACAAUUAAUGGAAAUAUUUGGUAAAUAUGGACCAUUGGCUAGUAUUAAAAUUAUGUGGCCACGUAGUGAUGAAGAAAAAGCCAGACAAAGAAAUUGCGGUUUUGUUGCAUUUAUGAGCCGUAAAGAUGGGGAACGAGCUUUAAAAAAUCUUAAUGGUCGUGAUAUAAUGCAGUAUGAAAUGAAAUUAGGCUGGGGAAAAAGUGUACCGAUUCCACCUUAUCCUAUUUAUAUUCCACCUGCUUUAAUGGAAAUUACACAGCCACCACCUCCAUCUGGUCUUCCAUUUAAUGCUCAACCACAUCGGCGUGAUAGACAUAAGGAAUUUAGUUAUGUUAAUACAUAGAAUGGUAGAAUUUGUAAUUCGUGAAGGACCUAUGUUUGAAGCAAUGAUCAUGAAUCGAGAAUUAAAUAAUCCAAUGUUUAGAUUUUUAUUUGAAAAUUAUUCUCCAGCACAUAUUUAUUAUCGAUGGAAAUUAUAUUCCAUAUUACAAGGAGAUGGACAAAAGGAAUGGCAUACUGAAGACUUCAGGAUGUUUAAAGGUGGAAGUGUGUGGAGACCACCUCUUAUCAAUCCAUGGACACAGGGAAUGCCAGAUGAAUUGAUUGAAAUGGAAGAAAGACAAGAACCUAGAAGAGGCAGUCUAUCAAACAGCCAACGAGAUCGAUUAGAAGAUUUAUUACGAAAUAUAUCACCUGAAAGGAUAAAAGUUGCAGAAGCAAUGGUAUUUUGUAUAGAACAUGCUGAAGCAGCAGAAGAAAUUUGCGACUGUAUUUCGGAAUCAUUGUCCAUAUUACAAACUCCUGUCAAUAAGAAAAUUGCAAGAUUAUAUCUUAUAUCUGACAUAUUACAUAACUGUGGUGUAAAAGUAAAUAAUGCUACUAUUUAUCGAAAGGCAUUUGAAACUCGACUUUUGGAUAUAUUUAACGAAGUUCAUCAAGCUUACAAACAAUUUGAUAGUAGAUUAAAAGCAGAAGGAUUUAAAGUUCGUGUAAUGAGAAUGUUUAGAGCAUGGGAAGAUUGGGCAGUUUAUCCACGAGAUUUUCUUGUUAAAUUACAAAACACCUUUCUUGGCCUUGUUUUAAUAGAUGAACCAGAACCAGAAAAUGAUGAAGAUAUUGAUGGAGCACCAUUAUCAGAUGUAGAUGGAGAAGGUGCAGAAGAUUUGGAUGGAGUACCACUGGACGGUGCAGCUCUUUUGAAGGGUGCUAUGAAGCAUGGUUUAACACCACAAGCCACAUCUAACUAUGACGAUAUUGAUGGCGUACCUAUGGAUGAAGAUAUAGAUGGUGUUCCUAUGGAUGAAGAUGAUUCUUCAAACGUACAAAAUAAAGAAGAUGAUAAAAAACCAUCAAUUCCUGCGGGUUUUGUACCAUCUCGUUGGGAAACUGUUGAUCCUGAUCAGUAGUAGAGAUUAUAACGAAGAAAGAAGAAGUCGAUUGCGCGAAAUUGAAGUUAAAAUAAUGCAAUAUCAAGAUGAAUUGGAAAGUGGCAGAAGAACGCUAAAAUCUGGCAUGACAAUUCAAGGGCAGAGUGAAAGAGAAAUGAAAGAUGUAAAAAGCGAAGAACGUGAUGACGAACGACGAAGAGAAAAAAAGCGAAGCACAACUCCAGAAUCUCCAAGUCAUUAUAGAGAUCGAAGACGAAAUUCAAUAAGUCCAUCGUCUAAAAGUAAUAGAUAUAGAUCACGCAGUAGAUCACCACGUGGUAAACGUAGAUCACGAUCCCCAUAUAAAAAGAGAGUACCAGUGACACCAUCUCCACCACGUAUUCGGCGAACACCUUCACCUUCUUUUUCAUCCAGAGUAUCUCGUAGGUCGCCCACUAGCGAACGAAAUGACAGAAAAAGAAGGGGUAGAUCACCGUCGUUAUCACCACCACCUCCACCACGUACUUCAAAACAUAGAGCUAAUAGUCCUCCUUCUCCAUCAUCUCGUAAAUAUAGACAUAAGCAUAAAUAUUAAUUUAUUUUACAUUAUGUUUUCUAUAUUAUAAGAAAUAUGUCAAUAGAAUUACAAAACAAAUAACAUUUAAAAAAUAAUAUUAUUGUUUCAUAAAAUUAGUUAAUGCAGUACUCAUUGUGUAUUCAAUGGUAUAAAAUAUUUUUAUCUUUUUUAAAUAUUUUCCUCCCUUUAAUUAUCUUUGGGUAACUUCACUUUACAUAAUUGUUUAUGAACUGUAUAUGAUAAACGUGUGGAUAAAAAAUAUAGAGAUGGAAUACUUAGUUAUAAUAAAAAAAGAAUUUCUAUUUAUACAUAUUUUAUUUCUAUUAAUAUAAUUACACUACAUGUAUAAAAAACACAUGUACAGAUUUAAAACUAAGAAGUCAUUUUCUUAUUCUCUUUUGUCACUUUGUCCAUGAUAUGUACUUGAAAAUAGAACUAAUUAGGGAAUUUUAAUUACUUGAAAAUCAAAGAUUCUUUAUAUUAAUUUGCCCAUGGACAUAAUUUAUAUUCUUUAAAUGAAUUUAAAUAAAAAUUUUAUUAGAUUAUAUUAGUUCAUGUAUAA